AUGGCUUCAGUUCGUAAAGCCGCUGGAGAGAGCAAAACGUUGGGAAGAAAUGAACAAGGUCGAAGUCCAAAAAAGGUGAACAUAUCAUGUUGUGGCACGAGCGUCUCGGCCUCCAGAAGCUUAUUUUUCUUCUUGGAAACCCAACUUCAACCUUCAACGACUUUGCUCAACGGCUUGCUCUUUCAUCGUGUGCCGAGUGAGGUGUUGACGACAACUGUGCGACCACGCCUUAUGCAAGUUGACUCAGCUAGACGUCAUUCACGGAGGAUGCGGGAUGGCAGCGUAGUAGCAGAAUAUUUGGUCAGACGGCUGGAUGGCUGA